GACAAGUGAGGCAUUUUGGGUUGGUGUAUGAUUCAGGAGCAUCGUCCCCUUGGCAAUAUGUAGCCAGACAAUACACAAUCUAACUCUUGUCCUGGUUCAUUUCUCUAGCCCAUCCCAUCCAGCAGCCAAGACCAGCCACCAUGUCCACCACCACCGACACCGACACCGCAACCACCACCACCACCAGACCAGGCUGGUACCAAACCAGCGUCACGGCUAUCGACCCCGCCGCGCAGUCCCUGCUGGAGGAGUACAGCGGGCUCCAGCCCGACGAGGUGCUUCCUCAUGUCCUAGCUCUGAGAGACGAAGCCUUCAACAUCUUCCCCUACCCCUGCAUCGGCCAAAUGCGGUUCCUGAGCUGCCACCUGGCGCGUCUCCCGUUCUACCCGCACGUCCUGGCGCGGCUGCGCGCCUCGCCGGCCCACGGCUUCCUGGACGCGGGGUGCUGCGUCGGCCAGGAGCUGCGGCACCUGGUGCACUGCGCCUCGAUCCCGGCGUCGCAGCUGUACGGCUUCGAUCUCGAGCCGGGGUUCUUCGACCUGGGCUACAAGCUCUUCCGCGACGACGCCCACACAUUUCCGGCGACGUUUGUGGGCGGGGAUUUCGGGGUCGAGGACGAGGAGGCGUGGGCGCGCGGGGCGAUUGUGCGGAGCGUCCAGGGGAAGGUGGAUGUCGUGUGGGCGGGCUCGUUGCUGCAUUUCUGGGACUAUGAGGGCCAGGUGCGCGGGGUGGUGCGGUUGGUUGGGUUGACGAGGGGUGCGGUGGGGACGAUUGUGUGUGGGCGGCAGAUGGGAAGUACGGUGGCCGGGGUUUAUGAGUUGACGGGGUUGAUGGAUCGGACGAUGCAUUAUCGGCAUGAUGUGGCCAGUCUGUUGGGGCUGUGGCGCGAGGUCGAGGGCCGGACGGGGACGAGGUGGGAGGUGCGGGCGGAGUUGGAGGUCGGCGAGACCACGGCCAAGAUGCGCAAUAUGAGCUUUGUGGAUGAUAAUGCCCGCGUGGUUUGGUGGUGUGCUACCCGCGUGCUGUGA